CUGAAAUCUUAAAACCACACUGACACAACACCAGCUGAUUUUAGCUAUGUCAAUGCACACUGAAGUUCCCUUUUUCAUGAAACUGGAUCUUAGACAUGGACUUGCUUCAUAAAUAUAUUUGUUUUGCUCGUGACUUCAGGCCAUGGAAGCAAUACUUUCUCAAAGUAAAGAAGACCCUGGAAUUUACCUGGUCUGCCUAUUCAAAACCAACUCCAAACAACACUGCUGAAUUUCUCACGCUACUUCUACUGUGUUUCAGCAUUGCUGUCAUAACUGGGGGUCUUUCGUUCAACUGGAUGUUUUACACUUUAGGGUUAGAGUACUGCGCUUCUGGUGUGACUGCAGGGAUUUACAGUAUUAUGGCCUUUCUUCUCCUGUUUUUUGUACACCCUGUGCGUUGUAUGUUUACAAUCAUAAUCCCCACAUUGGGCACCAAGCAAGGCAGCAAAUUAAUAAUUUCAACAUCAGUGAUGCUCAUAGCACUUAAGGUUAUUCCAAACAUGGUCACUAACAUUAAUGUUAUAAUGUACACUUUGAAAUGCAGUGCGAGUACUUCAGCUGAAAAUGUGAUCAACUCAACUGAGUUGUUGAACAAUGCCACAAAGGAAAUAGGCCAGGAAGUUCUCAGAAUUAAUAAAGAAAUGCAAAAUUUGUUUAAAGCCAGUCUGGGAGAUUUUGACUUGGCUGCAAACGUCAAUGUUUCUGAAAUCAGAAAGGAGUUUCACAUUGUCAGCCAACAGGUCGCUAAUGACUUCUUGUUGGCUAAAAUGGUGCUUGAAGAAACCAAACUCGUCACCAGUAGACUUCUCGCUGGCCUUUUUGUCCUAUGUCUGCUUAUAGGUUCAUCCUGGUAUUUAAAAGGCUACCUUACUGAUGUGAAGUUUGAUAACGUCUACAUCACUAAGCAACUGGAGCACUUAGCCAGAGAGAAUGGAAGACGUAUCAUGCCUACCGCAGGAUUAAUCAACUCCAGAGGUUUCAAAAUGUCACGUCGUGAAAGUUUUAGAUGUCUGGUUCGUCUGGCAGUCAUCACUUUAUAUCUGCUCCUGAUUAUAAGUGUCAUCGUGGCAGACCGGGUUGUCUUCAGUUUUAUUGUAACCAGUGCCCCCUGGCUUUAUGACUUCCCAGUGAUGCCCAUGACCAUUAUAGUCACAUACUCGGUUGAAUUGAUAUUGGGUUUUAUUACCAUCAAAAAAUAUCAUUUCCAAAAGGAUUAUCACUGGAACUUCACCCUUACCUCCAGACACUGCAUAACGGAACCAUCCGAACCUGACAGAGACAUCGCCAUCCUGGUGGGAGCCCUUUACCUUCUUGCCUACAUCAUGGUCAUCUGUGAAAUCUACGCAACGCGCAUACGCAGAAAGAUUUCCGCUUCCUUCUUCAAGAAACAGGAAGAGAAAAGGGUUCAUUUUCUAUAUCAAAAAAUAAUAGCCAAAGAGGAACGAAACAAGAAUGAUCUUCCAGUGUAUGUUAUAAAAACGUCAGACAACAAAUAAAUUGUCUAGAACCAC